ACCAUCCCGACUGGUUUGACAAGUGAAUGUAGUUUUUGGCUCCGACACACUGAACAGCUUCAGUGUCUGUCAACCUGUGAUUGAGUUACAAGUAUGUUCUGGUAGCUCGAGAGUGGAAACUUUCACAUUCUAAUCUUUUCUAAAAUUUAUUCUAUAAUGCAACUUGCAUUACUUUUGUUUUUGUUAGUGGGCACUUGCAGGGCCGAUUAUUUUUUGGGGGAUCUCAAAGAUUGGUUUGACAAAAUAACAGCCCCCAAUGAAUACUGUAACAGGGAAUGGAUUACCCUUGACGGUAAAGGAUAUGGAAAAGGUUUGGAGGCUGACCUGGGAAGAAAUCUCUUUGGUCAACACAUAGCUUCAGACGUCAUCUUGAAUGCUAUGACUGGAUUCAUGAACAAUGAUAACCCAAAGAAGUCUCUGGUCCUCUCUUUCCAUGGGACUACUGGCACGGGGAAGUCUUUGGCCAGUCAGCUGAUUGUCAAAAACCUCUUCAAGAAGGGGAUGGACAGCCGCUUUGUCCACUUUUUUCACUCUCUAAUUAAUUUCCCACAUAAAAGCGAGGUUGAGACCUACAAGUCUCAGUUACAGCAUUGGAUCAGAGGAAAUGUUACCAACUGUGCCCAUUCCAUGUUCAUCUUUGAUGAGAUGGACAAGAUACAUCCUGGCAUAAUUGAUGGCAUAAAGCCAUUUAUGGACUACCACUACAAGCUGGAUGGAGUGUCAUAUCAGAAAGCCAUCUUCCUCUUCCUCGGUAAUGGUGGGGGAGAAAUCAUCAGAGAGAGCACUUUGGUUUCCUGGAAAGCCGGAAAAAAAAGAGAGGAACUCAAGCUGGAGGAUCUGGAGACAGCCCUGUCUUCGUUUGGUUUCGACUAUUAUGGAAAGAGUAAUGUGGUGGACUUCUUCAUCCCAUUCCUGCCCCUGGAACGCCAGCACAUUGUCCAGUGUAUUAUGGUUGAGAUGGUAGCCAUGGACCUCCUGCCAGACCAUAAUAAGGCUUGUGAAAUGGCAGAUAAAAUCGUACUUUACAUUUCUGAUGAUGAGAGACGCAUCUCUGCCUCGGGUUGCAAGAGGAUUGCCAGGCGGCUAUGGCACUUCAUGCAAUAAAACAAGGAAGUUCCUCAGCCGGCUGGCUGAGGCGGCGGGCUUAUUUCGCUUAGCCUCGCUACUUUAAGCUAGAGUUGCGUUCCAUCAAUGUGAAUUAGGGACUCUCAGCUAAGUACCCAUUGCAAUUUUUCCGCCCAAACUAACCUGGUCGGUACCAGGCUAACUGUCAGGCUUACUUAAUCUGUGUUUCAGAGAAGUCCCAUCUGUCGGCAACAAGUGUACCAUCAGAUGGUUCUGCUAAACCCAGUCCUCACGAUUUUGGCAUUUGUACAUAUGAAUAUAAAGUAGCCUAAAACAGCAUAUAUUUUCACUAAUAUGAUUGAAUGAUGCAAAUAAAAUAAUAAAAUUAAUUGCUAUCUAAUGUUAUCAUGGAUAUUUUCUCAACACAUUUUUAUACAAAGCCAUGCAUUCUUAAAGCCAUGCAUUCUUAAACAAGCAGUUGGGUGAGUGAUCUAACAUCUGCCCUGUAGUACGUGCGACCUGAGUCAACCUCCUUGGUAGCCUACGUCAAUUAAUUCUUGCCGUUGGCUUAAUUUUGUAAUUUCCUUUAUAGAAAUUAGGCCUAACAAUUGACUUUUUAUGGAAUAAAUAUGUCUUACAAUAUCCCUAGAACCUAAUAUAUAGCCUAACUUCCAACAACCCAUGGUAAAGUUAAUGCUUUAAUUUUCCUAUAAAGGCCGCUAAGAGGCUUAGGUGGGCUCCAGGCAGUUACGCGUCCUUCAAUGAAUCCAAGUCUGUUGAUGAAUAUUGUUUGAGAGUUUAUUAGAAGACCGAAUGACAACUGAUGAAUGAAAGCAUCAAGAGGGUAAUGAAAACAAAUAAAUAAAAGAUAAAGUGAUGACGAUGACAACGCUAAUGUGGGGUGUUACUGACGGUUGUUUGACGCUUGUUUGACGGUAG